AGUGGACGCUGAGUUGAUCGUGUUAAUGUCAUCGGAGCCGGAGGUCAAGCCGGUAUAGCGAACAAGAGUGGUUAAGCCAAUAGUGCGGAGAUCAGCUGAUAAGCCCCGCCCCUUUCUCGCUCAGCCAGCGUAUCACAAGAGAGCUAACGGGGCUCGCCCUACCACCUGCUUGGGUGCCUGCGAGGGUGGGGCUGUUCUUGCUUUGACUUCGCUUAGGCGGAGAAGGACGCCGGUUUGACCGGGGACGUUGAAUGGUCAAUUAUCGCCGUCGCUGCGCUGACAAUGGCGGCCGCCGUCGCGGGGUUUCGUGCCUCUUACCAUCGAUUCUUGGACCGGAUUGAAAUGAUGUUGCCAGCCCGGCUGCGUCCUUUCUACAACCACCCUGCAGGUCCCAAAACAGUGUUUUUCUGGGCACCUGUCAUGAAAUGGGGUUUGGUCUGUGCUGGAAUGGCUGAUAUGACUAGACCAGCAGAAAAACUCAGCACAUCACAAUCCGCAGUGUUAAUGGCUACAGGUCUUAUCUGGUCAAGAUAUUCCUUAGUUAUUAUUCCGAAAAACUGGGGUCUAUUUGCUGUUAAUUUCUUUGUGGGUUGUGCUGGUGGCUCUCAGCUGUUCCGUAUAUGGAGGUAUAACCAACAGCUAAAAGACGAGAAGGAAGAGAAGCAGCAAUAAAAAUGUAGUUCAUCUCUUCACAGUUCAGCUGUGAACUCUUUCAGGGGACCCAGUUGUAAUCUUGUGCAGUUGUCCACCAUGAAUUUUUACUAAUGUUUGAGCAUGGUUUUUUUUAUAAACUAGAAAACAGUCUCUUUAUGCAAAUAAAGUUUGACUUGUCUCCAGUAAAAUGCCUGUUAGAUUCAGGAUUUCAAAACCCAAUAUUCUGAUCUGUCAACUGGUUUAAAUAGCAACCCAGAUUGUAAAAUAAAUCCUCCAUAAGUGUAAAGUUCAAUUGAUACUACAUGGCUCCGGGAUAAAAGUGACUGGCUCAAUCAUUUACAUUCUGACAGAGGACCUAGAUGUGAUCUGUGGAAAAACAAUAUGAGUGUUUAACUGCACUCUUCAUCAAUAAAGUCAUACUCUUUAUAAAA